UCACUUCUCGCUAGCCUGACUGAAGCGCUUGUCAUCUCUGAGUUCGCACCUCUUCAUCCUCCACCACCUCUACACACACACCUCUCUCCCUCACUCUCCCUUGUCACUCUUUGAACCGGACGCGCCUGUGGCUGCGAGCGUGACACUCUCUUUUCAGACCAUCUGUCAUUCACACAACUCUCUCUCUCACACACACACACUCACCCACCAUCCUUUGGAACCCACCCUUCACUCUUUGCGAAACUGCGCCGCCCGCCGCCCACCAUUUGCGCCAGACUGCACUCCUCGUCUCCAUCCCAAUCCCAUCCUUCUUUUGAUCCGCACCUCAACCUUCCACUCUUCUUGCGCGAGCACGACCAAUUUCGAACGCUGCUGUCAGUGACACGUACCAUCAAAUUACAGGGUCGUCUUUCUCCAGUUGCUCUUGCCGCCGAUUCAGACACCUGAGACGGCUAUUCUGAGCUGUUCUAUUCCACCACUUUCCGACUCACGCAGCAAACCCAAUCUGCACCUCCGCCAAUAUUGAAGACAGUCCGCUUCAAUCUCCGCAACCGCUGUUACUACUACUAGAACUACUACUACUACCACCACUCCUCCCUUGCUGCUGCGCUGCAACAUCUCAGCUCGCCUUUCUGGAAAAGAAAACUAGGUCUGGAAGAUCGUUCUGGACUGCCGACGCUAACCUGCACAUCACCGGCAAUCAUUACAUCACCCCACGACCAUCUCAACAAUGUCUCUCGCACGCGCUUUCACCAUCAAGCGUGAAAAGGAGCAGCAGCCCGCAAACUUGCACGUCGGACGUGCUGCGAGCACACGCAAUGGACGACCCGUCAAGCGAUCGCAAAUCUCUGCACCAGUCGCCCUCAUCUCCUCCACGAAUGCCCUGUCCUACGAUGCGCCUGACCUGCCGACCGCUAGGCGCCUGCACCUCCGCAGUGUCACCGGCUCUUCAGGCACCAGCACCAACAGCAGCAGCAGUGAUGAGAGCGAUGCUCCUUCUCUCAGCUUCGAUGGCACCGACCGCGAUUCGAUCGAUGAUUCCCCUGCGACGCCCGAGCCCAAUCACUUGAGCUGCUACUUCAAGCCCGCCGUAGACACCAAGACUCCCCACCGAUCGCCCGUCAUCUCGUCGCACUCUUCCUUUGACGCCCCCAGCAUCCCCCAGCGAGUGCCGUCGCAUUCGAAGAAGGCCCACGAGUUUGUGCACCGCAAGCGCUCCGUACAGCGACUAAUGUCGCCUCCCGCGAGUCAGGUCCAGCGCAAUUCCAGCGACUUCUUCUCCAACUGGUCCCAACCCGUCGAAGCACCACCACAGGAGACCACUCCAUCAUCGGAGAAUCCCUUUGGCAAUGAAUUGGCGCAGCUGGAUGUGGUGGCCGAGGAGAUGAGCCACGCGGUAUGUGAUGCUGCCGCACAGGAAGACCAGCACAUCAUGCAGACAUAUGGCCUGGCAUUGCUGGGCGCGAAUGACUACACGUCAGAGAUUGGUGGCCUGGUCCACGACUAUCUCCUGGACGAGCCAGUCUGGAUCUAGAGGAUCAACAUGCUGAAGCAUGCUGUCGAAUGCAAUCGAACUCGUCGAUCUGGGAAUCGAUCAGUUGCAGAUGUGGUGCUGGUAUGAGAUGCCUCAUCCAUCCUUCCUUCUUUCGGGACGGUGUCCAUGAGCACCCACUUGCACGACGACAGGCAUGCAUGCAUCCAGGGACACGACGGGAGGAACUUGUCUCUUGAUGCGCCCAUACUUUCGGUCGGCGACCGUACGACGAAACUCUCCGACCUCUCCUAACUCUCAUUGUUUCUUAUGUCUACGACCACCACCUCUUUCUUUGGCAGGACCUUUUUUGACGAAUCAUACUACGACCACAAUUCGAGGACGGGAGUCCUGCCAUUCACACUCGUUCAAUGAAAAUUUACGAUGAUAUGUUUGAUGGGGGAAAAUAGAAAGGUGUACAUUGUCAUUUCCAUUCUCUUCGUGCAGAGUACUGUUCAGUGUUGAGGAAACAGUACUUUUGGUUUGACACCGCUGGCCAGCCAGAAGAGGAAAUGCAAGUGAGCAUUUGAUUGCCUUUGCGGCUGUGCAGGCGGGACUUAUGUACACACAUGAUAUGGAAGAAAAAAAAAGUUACAAUUUGAC